AUGGCGAGAUUUAACACAAAUGAGAGUAGAGGAAUUGCAGUGGAAGAAGGAGUCCAAAUGUUUGAUAAAAAGACUGUGAUAGUAAAACCAUGGAAACCGGACAUUGAUGUAACGAACGAAAUGGUAGAAAAUGUGCCAAUAUGGGUGAGAUUGGUAGGGUUAGACAUUAACUAUUGGGGGAAGAGUGCAUUGACAAAAAUAGCAGGGAUGGUAGGGAACCCAUUGAAAGCAGAUAUGGCAACAAUACAGAAGGAUAGAUUGACGUAUGCAAGAGUAUUGAUAGAAAUGCCAUUGACUAAGGAAUAUCCCAAAGAUAUUAUGUUUGAAAAUGAAAUGGGAAAAAUAGUUCAUCAGAAGGUUGAGUAUGAAUGGAAACCAAUAUUAUGCAUGAAAUGUAAAAAUUUCGGACAUGAUAUUAGUGAAUGUCGAAGACAAUUAAAGGAGAAUGAGCAGAAACACAAAGAAGAAAUAGAGAGGAAUGGGGAUGGGUUGACUGAGACGACUAAUAGCUUCAAUAUAUUGGGAAUGGAAGGGCAAGAAAGCAAGGAGGCAGGUAAAGGGAUAAAUGAGACGGUUAAUAGCGACAGCGUAUUGGGAAAGGAAAGGCAAGGAAGCAUGGAUGCAGGGAAAGGGAGGAAUGUGAUAGCGUGCAAACAAGGGAUGGGGAAGGAUGGGGGAAACCUCAUCCUGAAUGGAUAA